GGCUUCGAGGGGCGGGCUGGGAUGUCCCAUCUCCGGCAGCUGCUGCCUGCAUGCCUACGGGCGGCAGUCGGGCCGGUUGGGUGUAGCUGGGCCUGGACCUAGGCUGCUCCCUCUCUUCCCGCUGUCGUUGGCGGGCUGUAUCGUCUCGUCCGGAUGGAUUGGAUGGUGGGGGAAGACCGGGCAUCCACCCACGUCUCCAGCUCCCGCGGCUCCUCCCAGUGCUACAGCUGGUAUCGUCCCCGCAGCCUUGCGGUGAAAGUCACCUGGGGAAUAUAAGAAAGUGUCCAUAUUUCCUGCCUUUUUUUUUCCUGCGGUGUAUAGGGUCCCUGCUAACCAGGUCUGCUAGAGUGGGAAAAUCCAGGAAAUGGAAGAAAGACCCAGCUCACUUGGACACGGCUCCCACAAGGAUUCAAGAACAGUCCCACCCUAUUCGGAAACCAACUGGCGAAGGAGCUGGAGACCUGGACGACAAGAGGGCAAGUACGGAGAGAACAAUACCUGCUGCUACAGUAUGUUGACGAUAUACUGAUAGCCACAGAGGGGAAAGCAACCUGCAUAAAGGUAACAAUCGAGAUUUUAAAUUCACUGGGAAUGGGAGGAUAUAAGGUAUCUAAAGAAAAAGCACAAAUUGCCCAACAGACUGUGAUUUACCUGGUAUGUGAAAUCUCACAAGGGCAGCGAAAACUGGGUACUAACCCUAUUCAAGCUAUUUGUGCCAUUCCAGAGCCCCAGAAUCUACAUGAGCUGCGAGUCUUCCUUGGGAUGACAGGGUGGUGUAGCCUGUGGAUCAUGGACUAUGGACUAAUUGCAAAACCUCUGUAUGAGGCCCAGAAGACGCAGCCAUUUACCUGGGGCAAACCACAGAAGGAGGCCUUCCUCAAACUAAAGGAGGCCUUGACAACUGCUCCUGCAUUGGGGUUACCUGAUUUGUCCAAAGAUUUUCAGCUGUUUGUACAUGAAAGGAUGCAUCUGGCUUUGGGAGUCUUAACCCAACGUUUGGGAAGCUGGAAAAGGCCGGUGGGCUACUUUUCCAAACAACUUGACAAUGUCAGUACUGGAUGGCCUUCAUGUCUGCAGGCAGUCACAGUCACUGUGAUUCUGAUACAAGAAGCCAGGAAGCUCACCAUGGGAAGGCACAUAGAUGUCUAUGUACCACAUAUGGUGACUACUGUGUUGGAGCAGAAGGGGGCCCAUUGGCUCUCCCCGAGUCGAAUGAUGAAAUUCCAGCCGAAAUAUUCAGCAGAAGAUGAGAAAUUGGGACAUUUACUGAAUGCACAGAAGAAUCCAGAAGGGUGGUAUGUAACUGCACACAGACAGAUAGUGGUACCCCCCUUGGUAAUGAGAGAGGUUCUACAAAUUAAACAUAACAAAUGUCAUUGGGGUGUAGAGGCAUUGGUAAAAUUUCUAAAAUGUUAUUUGGUCUCAGUACGAAUAUUGACAAUUGCAAAAUCAAUAAUGUCAAAGUGUGAGAUUUGCUUGAAAAAUAACCCAGUGGCUAGACGACAGGCACAACUAGGAAGGGUUCAGGUGGGGAUAGAACCAGGAGAUUAUUGGCAGGUAGAUUUUGUAGAAUUACCAAGAACUCGAGGAUACAAAUAUUUGUUAGUAGGGGUUGAUACAUUUUCUGGAUGGCCAGAAGCCCUUCCCUGUCGCACGAACCAAGCAAAAGAAACAGUUAAGUGGUUACUAGAAGAAAUCAUUCCCAGAUUCGGGGUGCCUCUAGGGAUAUCAUCAGAUAGGAGACCCCAUUUCAUAGCCAUGGUGGUAAAAGAAGUAAGUAGGUUGCUGGGAAUAACUUGGGACCUCCACACACCAUGGAGACCCCAGUCAAGUGGACAGGUGGAGAGGAUGAAUCAGACACUAAAAAGGCAGAUCAGUAAAAUAUGUCAAGAAGCCAAACUGCAGCGGCCACAGGCUUUACCAAUAGCAUUGCUGCAUCCACAUCCCAAAUGUAACUGCAGAUGUAGAAUAUGACAUCAAUCAGUUUAAACAAAUAGAGCAUGAAGUACAAGAAGAGCAGAAAGAUUUGACUACAAGCUGGUUAGACAAAGUCUUUAAAGGGUUAGGGUGGAAUGUGAGUUCAUGGAUUAAGUCUAUCACUGAGAGUGUAAUAAUCCUAUUAAUUGUGUUCUUAGUAAUUUGGUUAGUCUACAGUGUCCUAAAAGGAGAAAUACAGAAGAGGACAUCCUGAAACCGGAAAAUAAUCAAGGCACUGACACCGGAUCCACACCCAUCAUCCUCUGAUCCUCUAGUCCAUGACAACGUUCACGUCAAUCCUGGAUUUGAAGAACAUCAUGUAUAAACUUAGAAACUAAAGACUGUAUCAAGUGAAAGUAUUUGCACUUAUAGUGAAGUGAAAAUACUUUCAAAGGGGGGAAAAUGAUAAUAAAAGGGUUUUAAAAUCAUUGGGAUUUAGGGUUAAAAGGAAA